GAAGGCUUUUAUUCUAAUUGGCAAUUUUUAACAACAAAGUUGAUUAAGAACCUCGGAAUUUUAUUUAAGCUUACAAAAAUUCAAUUUUGCUUUUAAUAAAAUUUUAGUCAAGAUAUUUGGUAUCAAAAUGCUUUUGAGCCGUUCAUUGAGUUUAUUUCGAGGUUCAGGUCUAUUGCCUUAUACACGAUCUAUUCAAACAUCAGUGUCUCGUUUGGAAAUUUUUAAGGUCCAAAGCCCAGAAGAAUUCGAAGAAAAAGUUAAAAAAAGUGAUAAAGUUGUUAUAGUAGAUUUUUUUGCGACCUGGUGUAAUCCUUGUAAAAUGUUAACUCCUAGAAUUGAAACUGUUAUUGGUGAAAAAAAAGGUGCUGUAAAAUUAGCUAAAGUUGAUAUUGAUGAGCACAGUGAUUUAGCAUUGGAUUAUGAUGUCGCUUCUGUACCUGUCUUGAUGGUUAUGAAAAAUGGAAAAGUUCAAAAUAGACUUGUUGGAUUACAGGACACUGAUAAAAUAAGGGAAUGGGUAGACAAAGCAGUUAACACUAAGUAAAUUGUAAUAUUAGAUUCUUUUUGUGAAAUUUAGCCACUUUCUUAGGUAUUUUAAAAUUAAAUCGAAUGAUGGAUGUUGACGUAAUAAAUUCUUGACAGGUAAAACUAAAAAACAAAAUUGUUAUCUGUUGAUUUGAAAUAAAAUAUGGAAAGUUUAUCAAUCAAGUUUAAUAUAUUUUUUUAGAUUUCAAA